AUGGCUAUACUGUUGCAUGGUGCCACGGUCGUACCAGUGGUCCUCUCAGAUCCUAACCUUUCUCUGACGGGGCACUCAGAGGGAGUGUCGGACCUGGCCUGGUCCUCUUAUUCCCACUACAUCUGCUCUGCCUCCGACGAUCGUACCCUUCGUAUCUGGGAUGCUCGCUCCGCCGAGUGCGUCAAGACCCUCCGUGGUCACUCUGGUUUCGUCUUCUGCGUCAACUUCAACCCUCAAUCCAAUCUUAUUGUUUCCGAUUCCUUCGAUGAAACCUUCCGCAUUUGGGAUGUCAAGACUGGCCUCUGCGUCCAUGUUAUUCAUGCCCAUUCCGAGCCCGUCACUUCCGUUCAUUUUAUCACGGACGGCUCCAUCAUCGUUUCUGGCAGCCAUGACCGCUCCUGCAAGAUCUGGGAUGCUGCCACUGGUUCUUGCUUGAAGACCCUCGUCGAUGAUAAGGUCCCCGCCGUUUCCUUCGCCAAGUUUUCCCCCAAUGGCAAAUUCAUUCUAGUCGCUACGCUCGACGAUACUCUUAAACUUUGGAACUACUCGACGGGGAAGUUCUUGAAAAUCUACACUGGUCAUGUCAAAAGAGUGUAUUACAUAACUUCUACGUUUUCAGUCACGAAUGGGAAGUACAUAGUUAGUGGAUCGGAGGAUCAUUGUAUCUACUUGUGGGAUCUGCAAGGGAAGAAUAUGACUCAGAAACUAGAAGGUCACACUGAUACCGUCAUCUCCGGGUCAUGCGACCCCACUGAGAACAAGAUUGCUUCUACUGGCGUAGACAUUGAUAGAACUAUUAGGAUAUGGGUUCAAGAUUAUUGAAACUAUUACAGGUCAGAUUUAUUCAACACACAAAUUCUAGUAGCUGGUUUAGUUUAGUUUCGUUGCUUCUACUUAUGUACAUUUUUGAAUAAAUAUUUCAUUCAAUAUUUUCAAUUAGAAAAUUUUUAUGAGAAUAUUUCAAUUAGAAUUGGUUCCUUGGA